UCGGGUAAAUCAAAGAAAAUUCUGAGAAGAGUGGCGAAAAUCCCCUAUUCUAUCUUCCGCAGAGAACCCCAAGAAAUCGACUCGAAAAGAGUGUUGAGUAUGGCCACGUCGAAUGCAAAUACAAGAAGCUCAACCAUGACGAUAUUAUCGGGUCCGUGUUGGAGUACAUACGGUUAUGAGAACGGGUCCCCGUGUCUUUAGAUACCGCUAUUCAACGCGCUCCCUAGGCAACCGCUCUAUUUCGCAUCGGGCGGGAAUUGAAAUCAGUGCUGGGCAAGCGAAGCACUCAAUUACACAGAUUGCAAAUGGCAUGGAGGCCCAGAUAAGAUUUUCCCCUGGUACCCCUUCGCGAAGAACAGGGUGAUGUACUGCCAGCCGGGGAAAUCUAUGUGCCCUCGUACCGAAGGAGGGGCUAGAACACCCUGUUGCCAGUUUAUCAACUCAAUGAAAAGACAAGCGGGCAGAGCACUUAAGAAGUGCUACCCGAAACUUGUAUAAAAUCAGUUAACUGCCGGCACUGGAACAAGCCACUUGGUUAGCUCAACUUUUUGUUUACGCGCCCUUCGGAGAUACGUUUAUUUAUAUAUAUAUAUACAAUAUAAAUAUAACCCCGUUUAACGAGAGAAAAGAUGUCGAUGCACCAGCUGCUUCUGUACUCACUUUGCCUUUGGGCCGUGGUCGUGUUUUGUGCCCCAACUCCCAGUGAAUCCCGUCGCGUGAUCUUCCUGAAGCCGAAUGGCAUUCAUCGCGGCCAGAUCCUGGCCACCCAUGGCAUGGAGAAGUCCUGCCCCAAAUGCCACAUGCUGGACCAUCGUGGCAAUUGCCGGCGCAUCAUAGCUUACAAUGCAGAUGGCGUGCGCUGCUGAAGUGAUCCGAAGUGAAUCCAAUCAUCGAACGAAUCUCGCACUCUCUCAACAAACCCUAUUUAUUUAUCCUAUUUAUCUGCCUCGCACGCUACACAAUUUAAUAAUAAAACGACAUCCACCGUUUAGUAA